AUGCAUAUGAACAAGAGAAUCGGCCGCCUGAAGCAAUGGGCUGGCGAGCGAAUGGGUGGAGAAGUGAAGACUUGCCAGUCGGAUGACUUCAAGGCAAUGGAGACUGAGAUGGGCGUGCGACAUGAAGGCGUCGACCGCAUUCACAAGUCCAUGACUGCAUACGUCAAGGCCGUCUCCAAGCGCAGCGAGGGCGACGACAAGGAAAAGACUCUCCCGAUUGCCCACUUGGGAAGCUCCAUGGUUACCCACGGAGAAGACUUUGACGGAAGCUCUGAAUAUGGACAGUGCCUGACCAUGUUUGGCCGAACUGAAGAGCGCAUUGCGCGCAUCCAAGAGAGUUACAUUACCCAGGCGACCUCGAGCUGGCUCGAGUCCUUAGAGAGAUCUCUGACCCAGAUGAAGGAUUACCAGCAUGCUCGGAAGAAGCUUGAUAGCCGUAGGCUGGCGUACGACACUUCUCUGUCAAAGAUGGAGAAGGCGAAGAGGGAGGACUUCCGUGUGGAAGAAGAGCUGCGCAGCCAAAAGGUCAAGUAUGAAGAAGCCAAUGACGAUGUGAUCCGUCGUAUGCAAGAUAUCAAGGAUGCGGAAAUGGACAGCGUGAUGGAUCUGGGAACUUUCUUGGAAGCCCAGCUGGAGUAUCACGAACGAUGCCGCGAGGUGCUUUUGCAGCUCAAGAGUGAAUGGCCUGGCGGGUCCGGCCAGGGCCCAGCUCCACCUCGCCGUCCGACGCGAGCCCGGUCCAACACUGCUCACUCAUACCAGGAGCGUUAUGAACCUCUGCAGGAAGAGUUGACGGUUGUCACCGAGAGCCGACCCACUAUUCGCUCAAACCGGACGGUCUCGACGUACAUGGCAGACUCUCCCGCCCGAGACGCCUACCCAGUUAGCAAUAGCUUUGCUCGACCAGGUCUCAGUCGGACACCUACUUUUGAAGGCCCGACUCAGUUGCGUCAAGACCAAUCUCCAGUAGCCACUCAGUGGAUUCAGCGAACCGCUAGCGAGACCUUUUCCAACCGUCGAAACAGUGUGCAACCUCUUGGUGGGAGACCGGUUGUUGAUCCGUACGCAGACUCCGAAGCUAGCUCUUAUGGCCGUUCUAGCCCCGAGCGCAUGUAUGGUGGUCGAUCAAGCUCGCCAGCUACAUCGCAUGGCAGCGUGCCUUCUCGUCGGCCUAGCUCUACUACCCUGAACGUUUCCGGUUUGACCAAGAAGGGUCCUCCACCUCCUCCCCCGUCGCGUGCAAAGAAGCCACCCCCUCCUCCACCACCAAUGAAGCGAUCCUUGGUAACGGUGACGGAUGUGUAA